CUGACCAGAUGCAUUACAUGUCUGAGGCCGAGGCUGCAGCUAGCUGCUUCGCCAUCUGUCGGAUAUUCCCCACGAGUAAUAAAUCAAAUUAUGUUUGGUUCUGCUCUGAUGUUCCCGGCAAGCACCUUUUCAUUUGAGACUCAGUCGUUUCGACCGCCAGAAGUACCAGGAUGACUACGGAUGGUCACUUCUUUUUGGUUCUUAUGCCUUGUCACCCUUUGCAACCUGUCCGUUGGACAAUCCGCGACUAGAAAUAUAUUUUAUCAGCGACGAGGACCAGAAUGGAUGUGGCUUCGCUUCACUCUGACGUGGGAAGGUUUCUGGGCCGAAUCCAGAUGCGGUGGAGAAUCCCUAAAGAGAUGAUUCAGAUUCAGGAUCUCGCAAUGAGGAGACUUCUACUACUGUCACUGGAUACUCUAGUAACACAACGAAUCAUCUUUCGUGGACUAAAUGGCAAUGUCCGCAAAAAUAAAACGGCCACGGGGAAAUCUCAAAGGUCGUCCUCCCCGGGAGAAAUAUGUCUCAAUGGCACGAAAGUUGGUAUUGUGUCGAAUACAGAGGAAUCUUUCACAGCUGGCUGGUGCCCACAGGGCCCUAGGUGCUCUGUCCUGCGAGCCAUGACAUAUCAGAGAUUGCCAUACGCUUGGUGUAGAUCUCCAACACAUGACAAUAAAGGAGAUAUAUAUAACCGUGACUUUUUGCGGAAAUCGCCUUCUUCUGGCCCACAUUCUAAGCAAGUUCUUGCAAUAAUUCAACUUCUUCCAUACCCUCCUUGUCAAAUGAGUAUUACACGUCAAAUGGGUCAAAAAAGUUGGAGCCGCGAUUGUGGGGGUCAAAGCAAGGACCGUGGUUGUCGAUCUCUUCCUCACGCCAAUUUGUUGCUAGCUGGGGCUGUUAUGCUCUGCGGUUCUACACAACGAUCUUAUAGACAAUCUCUCCUCAUCACUCUUCACCAACGCAAGGACCCUGUCCUGAGAAUAUUUUUGAAGGAGAGAGCAGAUAAAAUAGAAGCAAAAGUUGGAUGUCAGUGUGUGAUACUUGCCUUCAACUCCACCGGAUUGUCCCUGUCGCCCUCAUCGCCAUCGCUCGCCUAAAUGUCAACCGAGUAUCAAAACUGGUAGAGUUUCUAAGAGAUUAACCUCGCUAUCAACAUCCCACCAGCUCUCUACUGUUUCUUCCAGUCCCGAUCAUUUCCCCCUCUAAUAUGACAUAGCCAAUAGCGAAUUCUCAAGUGUCCAGAAAACCAUGCCAGGCGAUGCUAAUAUAGGGGUCAGAAUUCACCCAGUGCUUUUCACUCAUUCAAUACCCUCAAAAGACCGCGGCCUCGAGACUUCCAAAAGGCGGGUGCAAGUGU